UCUGUAGAAUAAUACAAAAAAGGAAUCCUCACUUGUCCUUCACAAAAGCUACUGUAUUGAUCCUGUUAGCAUGAGUCAUGCAUGGCCUGAAUGCUUAUUGUGAAUAGUUUGUGCCAGUGCUGUGAUUUGAUCUGGAUAUGUAAAUGAGCUGCAGGCAGCCUUUAUGCAAAUCAGCAUGCACCACAGCACACCUGUGAGGUAGAGGUGAUUGUUGAAAUAUAAUGCAUUCCUGUCAUCUUUCAAGUACCUAAAUUUGUCCUCAAAAUUACCAUUUUAAAAUCACAUGGCCCACAAAGACAUGAUUUAUUUGGUGGUAGCUUUUCAGUGACUUUAUCACUGAUCUAGAGGCAGUGACUGUGACUUCUCCACCAUCAGCUUGUGUCGUUACGUUUCAAACCAGCUGGUGUAAAGCUUAGCAGUAACACUAAUACUUCGGGCCAAUCUCAUAGUGCAUGGGGGUAAAAUGUUUGGCUCAAAAGAAAACCUAGUUUAAUUAACAUAUUGUGUGACAGUAAACAAAUUAUAUUGUACAUAAUAUUUAGUACCCUAUAUUUGCACAGAUCGACGGUGAUAGGACAACGCAUUAGAAACAUUAACACUAUAUAUUUUAGCGAUGUUCCUCUGUGGCACACUGCUCAUACUCAGUACCGCUGUUUUGUCGUCCUAUCAAAACGACUGGGAUUUAAUCUGUCAGGUAAAAUGUUUUUAAAAGUUAUUUGUGAUUUUGAAGAUCAGAUUUGGGAAGUGAAUUAACUUCCUGUUGUUGACGUAAUUUUACGUAAAGUGCGGAGGAUUUCCUGUUUGUUUGGGGUGGAAGGAUUUUGCCGUGUGCCUGGGGCGUGCUGCGGUCUUGGCUGAAAUUUCCUGUGGAGGCGGAGUGAUCUCAAGCGCGUGCGUGCCUGUGCGUCUCCAAUGUGAACGUGCACCUCUGGACGAAACAUGGCGACGUCGCUGCAUGAGGGUCCCGCUAACCAGCUCGACCUGCUUAUUCGAGCAGUCGAGGCAUCUGUGCGUGGAGGCUCCAGUGUUCACUGUUCUGAUAAAACCAUUGAGGCAGCUGAAGCUCUGUUACACAUGGACUCUCCUUCUAGUUUGAGAGGAGACCGCAGCCCAGAGGUAUUUGUGCCUCCAUGUGUGACGACUCCAGAGUUUCUACAUGCUGCGAUGCGUCCUGACGUCGUCACGGAGACGGUGGUGGAGGUCAGUACGGAGGAGGCGGAGCCUGUGGAGGUCGUCACCCUGAUUGAAGAGCCACAACUGUUUGAGAGAGACACCAGCAGGAGGAGAAAGACUGGGAGGAAGCCUAAACCACACCCCAUAUCAAAUGGGUCACCGGAUUUGGGCAUCAAGAAAAAAUCCAGAGAGGGCAAAGGCAGCACGUACCUGUGGGAGUUCCUACUCGACCUGCUGCAGGAUAAGACCACGUGUCCCAGGUACAUAAAAUGGACACACAGGGAGAAGGGCAUCUUCAAACUGGUGGACUCCAAGGCUGUGUCCAAACUGUGGGGAAAACACAAGAACAAACCGGACAUGAACUACGAGACUAUGGGCCGAGCUCUCAGGUAUUACUACCAGAGGGGUAUUCUGUCUAAGGUGGAGGGACAGCGUCUGGUCUACCAGUUUAAGGAGAUGCCCAAGGACCUUGUGGUCAUCGAUGACAAGUGUGACUCCAGCUCUGAGGACCUUGGGGGGGAGGCGGCUUAUGAGCGCAUGCUAACCUCCGACCUCUCCAAGACCCCCAGCAUCCUGAGAGGGGCGGGGCGAACGGUCGUAAACCCUGCCUCUCCUAAAGCCAAGACUCCGCUAACAGCAACACCUGUCCAGCGCAUAGUGACCGUUUCCACAGCAACAGAUGCCACCCAGCCGUGUCAUGCCACCAUUAUUCCCAACACUAAUGCUCCCAGAACUGUCCGAGUUGCUAUGCAAGUGCCAGUCGUCAUGACGACCUCUCUGGGCCAAAAGAUCUCCACAGUUGCCGUGCCAUCCGUGAACCCACCCCUCCUUACCACAGCGCCCACAAGCGUAGCCACUGCGACUGGGUCCUCGGCGGCGAAGGUUCUGAUCCAGACGGUUCCAGCGGUGGAAAGCGGCGAGAAAGUGACGGUGCAGCUGGCAAAGUUCAUCACCAUUCCUGCGGCCCAGCUGACACACUGCCACCUGCAACAUAAAGGGAGCGCCGGGGCACCCGCCGGCAUCAGCCUGCUGGGGGCGCCGCUCACGGUGCGUGCACUCACGCCUGUCUCGGUUGCAUCUGCUGCUCAGGUCGUCAGACUGGCAGUGCCUGGCAAGCCAAGCUCCGCCCACACGCGCAUGCCUCUUCCCCUGCAGACGCACACUGCGCUUCCCGCCUUGCAGGCCGCAGCCCAAAGCUCUACCCCCAUCCCGGUCUCCCUUCCCAUCCAGAUCCAGAUCCAGUCAACAGGAGGCGAGAGAGGCGGGGCCCAAUUGGACAGCACGGGGCAGCCACAUGCACAGUUGGAGGUGGAGUCUGUCUCAGUGAACCCUGAAUCAGAUACAGCGGCUCAGGAAGUUUUGGCACCCCCUGAACCAGUGCCGUAGCUAUUACACACACAAACACACACGCACGCACGCACACACACGCACCCACACACUCAGCUAAAGGGAAAGUCUCACACACACAGACACACAGGUACAUGUCCCAGCCAGCUAGGCCUACAGCGCCCCCCGCUGGAGAUGGACUAAACUACCCAGAGCUGGAUUUGGCCUAUCUUGAAUUUUAAGGAGUGUGACAGAUUCAGGACAUCUGUCUAGAGGAAGCGCUCGGAAGCCCUCACGACACUACCCAUGCCAGGAACACUACAGCAAGGAUUUACAAACUAAAGUUAAAAAACAAAAAAAAGGACAAAACCAAAUGUGAACAUUUGAGGUUCUGUAAAAUAACUUUUUGAUACUUUGUAAAGAGAUUUUCCUGUUUUUUUUUUUUUUGUUUUUUGUUUUUUUUUCAUUAAUUGCAUUUGCGAUACAAAACCAGCAUUUAAGUUUGGACUGUCACUGUGAGGUCAGAGUUCAGAGGUGAUCACUGUGGUGUCACUGUGAGGUCAGAGGUCAUCAUUGUGUUAUCACAGGCGCGAGAGACAGACGUUGUCUGGACUGAAGCAGAUGGAGUUAUUCUGUAUAUAUCUACAGACCCGAGAACCCCGCAGCCUUGAACUGUUCAAAUAUGAAAUGUUUUUUUUGUAAUUCAAGCUUAUGAAUUCUGUUAAGCUCAAGUUUUAUUUUAUUUUUUAAUGACAUUUUACCAACCGCAGUAUUACAGUACAAAGCAGCAGGACUUUGUAGUAUAGCGGGAGUCUGUAGUUCACAGCGACAUGUCAGGACUGUCUGCCCAUGCCAUUUUGGGUCUUGCAGGUGCAGUUUCAGGACAAGGUCAGCUGACCCUCCCCUGCCCCCAUCCCCUCCAUGCCCCUGCUUUCUUCACCCAUCACUUAUUUUUGGUUACUGAACAGGGAGAGCUGUUUGUCUGUGUUCAGAAUUGAACUAGAUUGUAUAUUCAACAUUUGAAGUAUAUUCUAUUUUGUUGUACUCUUGUUUCAAAGUGUAUUCAAGUAGAUUUUACUGAAAUAUAAAAACACUCAUGACUUGAA